CGAAUUUUCAAACAUGGCGAAAAUGUCAGAAAAUUUCAUGUAGUAUGAAUUUGUUUUCUCUUCGAUGGUUUGGAUGAAAUUGCACCAUUUUUCUUUACUGUAUGAAGAUUUUAUUGCCGCCGAGCGCAACAAGGAAGAAAUAGUUGAAGUAAUAAAUCAAUGAUAAUCGUUUUACUAUCGUUUUACUGGUGAGUCUGGUAUUACUGUAACUGGAUUUGUCUUCCUUAUAAAAUUAUAUUUAUAUAUUACAGUAAAAUAGUUGACUUUGUUUUUAACACUCCUUGUUAUAUUCUUAAUAGGAAAACCAAAAGAUGAAAAAAUAAUGUAGAACUUGAAAGGGUACAAUGGGCAAGAAACAAGAUAUGAACAACCGAAUGUUUUUGAGACCAAGCCCAAAUGAAGAGGUUUGCUACCUUGGUAUUUUUGUGGUUGCUUUAUUUUUUCAUGAGUCAAUGGUGAAAAAAGUAGGAUCCUAUGAAAAAAUUUAGGAUCUUAUUUAUUGAAAAAGGCAAUCUUCAUCGUGUGAAAAAAUCUCUAGUAGGGCCUAUUAAAAAAAUAUUUCUGUUUUUCAUCGCUGCCCGCCCCUGAAAAUUUGGCCACCCAUUUUUUUAAAAUAUUAUUCUCGGUUUUUGUUGGGAGCCGACGGAAAAUAAUCGGAUACCAAGCAGUGGGCGCCAUGAUGCGCUGUCGUUUUUGAUAUUUUCAUAAUACUUCAGUGUUCAAUCAACCACGCAGUCCACCGCCACGCAAACCAGUUCUAGUGCGCAGGUUUUGAAGCCCAGGAUAGGUGCAAGAGUGGCAGAUAAUGCUACUCUGAAUGAUGUAUAUAAAAAGAAAAAAUAGAUAGGUGCAAAAAGGAAAAAAAAUUCCGCCCACCCGCCCCAAUUAUAUUCCAAACAAAUUAUGAAAAACAGAAAUAUUAUUUUAAUAGGCCUAGGUAGUAUACUGAAUAAAAUUUGAAUGAAUUUACAUGAAUAUGGACGUGGCCCCUUAUUUACUUAAAGACCAUUUGAAGUCUGUUCUGCACAUACGUUCUGCGCAGGCUUACAUUCCAAUGGUCGGGACCCGACCAUUGGAAUGUAGCCUGCGUGGCAAGCCCUCAAUUUUAUGGGGGCUGAUUUGCAGCGGGCAGGAUCAAAAAUCGCCAAAAUCCUGCCCGCUGCAAAUCAGCUAGACCCCCCAUUAAAUUGAGGACCUGCCACGCAGGCUAAUUGGAAUGUUAUUAAUAUUUCGCACCUUCCCAACUUUCUUGAAUUGAAUCUCCAGUCUGUAUUCAUUUACAAGCAUAGCGAACCAGAAGAGUGUUAAAAAUGCAGUAUAAUUUAUAUCUAAUCAUAUUUUACAACUAUAUAACUGAGCUCAAAAUGUAAACAAAGCGUUUGUUUACAUUACGGACUUUACAUGGCCUUUAAAAGAUUCAUGGUUUCUGAUUGGCUAGAACAGCCUUACUCUGAAAUCGUCAUAUCAACUCAGCAGCUGACCAAAUAUGAAGUUUUGAUAUAAUAUUCAAUGGUGUGACAUGUACGGCAUAAUGUUGAUAUGAAAAACAUAUUCAAUGUUAUGAUGCCAUGCUUUGGGAAUACAAAUACGAAAUGUGGAAACAACCAAAAACAAUAUGGCGCUGCCUUCAAUUGUAUUCUCACGUUUGAAGAACUUUUAAACUAUAAAGCUAUAAAGAAGGAAUUUCAAUGAAAACAGCUACAAAAGGUUUUGAAACAUCUUGACAUAUAUGUGAAAGAAAAAAGAAAGAAAAGGAACUAGUCAUUAUUUCGAUUAAUUGAACCCACAGGUGUAACCUGAAUGUCAGGCCUUUCAAAAGGCCUGACAUUCAGGUUACCACAGGGAAACAAUUAUUGAAAUUCAGUUUUUGCCAGAUAUGAAGAAUUAUCACCCUCAGUUUGUGUUAUCAACCUCGUGCAGCCUUCGGUCACUGGUACCGGUAACACAAACUUUGGGCUAACAAUAAUUCUUCGUAAUUAUCAUGUUCAACUUCAUUCAAUAAAUGUUAAAUAUUCAGCAAUCAAGAAUUAUUUUAUUAAACUUGCUGUGUGCAAAUAUUUAACGAUCUCAAAUGUUUAAUGUACCUAAUAGUAUGCAGGAUUUUUCCUUUUGCUCUUUUCCUGAGCCCCUUAAUAAUUGUCUACUUUUUGUGUGUUUCCACACCGGGCAAGCUUGAAAAAUAUGCCUGACAAUGCAUUGGGCUAGUAUUCCAAAGGUCAUAGGUUCGAUUCCCACCGUGGCAAGGCAUAUUUUCAAGCUUGCCCGGUGUGGAAACACAUUCGAGUAACAUCAUACACAUCAUAUUCCCCUGAGUACAAUAAUACCAACACAAGAAAAUUAUGUCUACUUUUUGGUGUAGUGUUACAGGCCUAAUAAUAUACAGUACAUGAAAAAAUUUCUCAAUUCUGAUUGACUAAGAGCAGUGCAACUUUUUCGAAAUACAGUGCCAAAAAUGAAUUAACUAUAAGAUACAGCCAUUUCUAGGGGAAAAUAAUACAAAAAACCCAAAGGCCAAACAUUUAUUUUCAAGUAUCAAAAAUGGCUGGCGUUUUUAGUAGAUUUCUAUUAAUUAUUUAUACUGAUUAAAAUUAACUAUUUCGCAUGUGACCUACGCACGCAUGUGACUGCAUAAUUUUUUCAUCAUACUAUUAAUAAGUAAUAGUAUGGUUUCUCGUGCAAUUUAGAAAAAAAGACUUCAAUUUGCACUCGUCCUUCGGACUCGUGCAAUUUUGAUCGUCAUUGAAAAACUCACUUGUGCAUGUUUUUCCCAAAUUACACUCGAAACGAUACUAUUACCUAUACACUUAUAAGAUAUUAUACUAUACCAUCCUACAGUACACAAUAUCUUACGUGAUCCAAUACAUUUUAGGAUCCUAAUAAUAAGAUCCUGAUUGGAUCAUUUCAAAAUCCCAAUGGAAUGCUACUAAGAUCUCAAAAAUUAAAAUCCUAACAAGACCCAAUUAAGAUCCCUGUUAAGAUUCUGUUCAAGAUUUCUACCAGGGUGUGGCAAACACCCAAUACGAUCACUUUAACUCCCCAAUAAUUAAAACUUGGCAGGGAACGACAAAUACGAUGCGACCAAGCAAAUGACAAUGUAGAUGUAUCUGGUAAAGGUCACUUGAGGUUAUACUGUAAUGUUCAAAAGACCGAACCUUGGUAAUAAACUACUAGACCAGUACUAUUAUUUUAUAUUCAGUAUACCUUAGACUUAGUUUGUGAAAAAAAAUACUUAGACACAUUCCAGCAAUUUUAGGGUAACCAACUUCCUUUAACAACUUUUUGCAUGGCAAUUAAAUUGUAUUAGGAUUCAAACUCCCUCCGCCUACAGUUUCUUGAGAAAAAAUAGAAGUAUCGGUGACGAGGAAAUAUAUUAUUUAGUAAUUAAAUAUUUCUAUAAAUACUUUACGCUUUAGAUAAAGCUGCUCGAAGAUGAAAAACAAAAACUCCGUAAAUUACGUCUUCAACAGGUAUUGUUACCCAAUUAAUUGGAGAAUUUAGAGUAUAAGCACUAUGAGUUACAUUCAUUUGCUUUAUUUGCUUAUCUAGGUAAGACAACAAGAGAAAGUUCUGGCGAGUAGAGCUCGCAAGAAAUUUAAGGAAAAAGAAAAGAAAGAAAUCGAUAUCUUGGAAAAUGAAUUAAAGGUUAGACUGUAAUGUAUGAUGUAAUGUGUUUUUUAAAGUACAGAUUUUGAAAUAUACAGUAUAAGGGUUCACAACCAUGCAGUAAAGAUCUUAAUCUGGAAUCUUGUGUAUGAAAACCCUUGGAAUCCCACUAUCUUUCUUCCUUGCACCCUAUUUCCGUUCUCAAAAUACACAUUAUCCCGGUCCAACGAAAGUUAUUGUAUCUGCAGUUGAUAUUAUAUAUUCAAUUGUUACUUUCUAUCAUUUUCUCAGAAAAAAUGGCAAGAGGACAUUACGGAAAAGAGAAGCAUGUUGGAAAAUGAGUACUAUGAAAAUGUUGCGCACGUUGGAGAAGGUCACCAAGCUGCUCUAAUGGUUAGAAUAAUAUGAUUUGUGAAAUAUAGGCUACAUCAGAAAUUGAAGGAACUAGGAUUAGAAUGUUCAGUAAUGCAGAAUCAUCAAGCUGCUUACAUUACUUUGUGGAGUGUUUGACUCAUUGAAAUUGAAAACCAUAAGAUGACAG